AUGGCGCCUCUCGCUCGUGGAGGUAGGAAAAGUUCGGCCGCACGAGGCGAUUCGAACGGAGACUUUCUAUGGCAUUGUGGAGACCAAAUAGACGGCGGCACGGCAACGGCAUUGCCUCACAGCGCGGUAGAGCCAUGUCGAGCGACGCGGGUCGGCGGGGGGUUGCGGGGUGAGGAGGACGCGGGCGCCUGUGUGCGACGUGCACGCGCACAUAGGCGCGCACAUAAUAACAUCGCGUAG